AUGCUUUGGCUAUUAGCUACUUUCGCUGCAUCAGACGUUCUCAUUGCAAAACCGAGUAAAUACAAUAUUCAAUUGAUAGAUCAUUCCGAAAUUGUUGUUAUUGAUUUUGAUGCAAAUCCUGAAGUGAAUGCACGCAGAGCUAGUCUAUCUGGAUUUUCGGAUUGCAAACACUAUAUGAUAAUCUCAAAUCCGAGCGACGAUUUACGAAUUAAUGACGAAUUUAUCAAAACUCAAAUUUUUGAAAUCAAAUCACCACAGAAUCUUUACUUUUACAGUGAAAAUAUGACUAACAUUUACAUUGAUGUUGUUAAUGUACCAGCUUCUUGUAAUACAUUGGAAUUUCUUAUUAAUCCAGUCACCGGAACGACGUAUCAAUAUAACUCCGAAGUAAAAGAAUUAACUACACCUUCUUAUUACUGUUUUGUUGCAUUUUCAGAAGGAGAAUUUGAUUUGAACGUCAGAAUUAACUAUCCUAAGUUACUUGAAUACUCAGCGUAUGACAUGUCAUCCACCACAUCCCUUACUAGUUAUUCUAGUGAACAAUUCGUUACGACUAACUCAAUAUGUUUCGUAUUUACACCAGAUUCAAGGCGCUCAUCAGUUUCCUUUAUAUUUACAGUAUCAUCAAGGUAUUCUAACCUUCCAAAUCCUAAAUUUUUAUAUGAUGAUACAAAAGAAUCUUAUUUGACCAUAAAUCCUGUCACAGUCGGCACCAAAUUUGCUGAUUACCCAGUAUUAACUUAUGGAGUUCACUCAGAGCUCAUAACUUCCACUGUAAAGGAAUUUAAAGUUGCAUCUAAAAGUUACAUCGUAUUUACCAACUGGACAGGGCUUAGCGGAACCGUUUAUUACGGACAAUCUUCAUUGGACAUCCUUGGAUACACAGGAGUUGUAGCAAUUUUAUUUAAUUCUACAGGAACUAUGGAACUCAAGUCCUCUCUUGAUUCAUCUGAAGCAACAUUUGUUGUACAUUCACUUAAAGUUACUUGUAAUGCCAUUGUUACAUUGUCUGGCAAAAAAUCUUUCAAAUUAGAACUCAAAGGAGGUUCCGAUUAUUGCAUGGUAUCAGCUUUCAAGUCAGGAGUGGUCAAAAUAGAAGACAGCUCCAAUACUCUUAACAAAGAUUAUUUAUAUAAUAAUACUCGAUAUUCUUUAGAAGAAAGUACAGUUCCUACCUUCACAAUAUUUAACCAGAUCUAUAUAUUCGGAGAUGCAUGGGUUAAAUAUACAAUCAAGCCUUCAAAGACAGAUAAUUCCGAAAGUUACGUUCUUGAAGGUUAUUCACCACCAUAUUCUUCAUAUUCUAUCAGUAAUAGGACAUAUGAACGCCUUAAUACAGGUAAAUGGGAAACACAUAAAGGACUUUCUGGAUUUGAAAUAUUUGUCAUUGUUUUCUUUGCUCUUGUUGCAUUUAUUGGUAUUGUCAUAUUAUUAGGCAUAUGUAUAUACAAGAUAAGACAAAAGACAAGGAAUUUAUUGAACCAAUCAAUUCCUUUAGAAGAUAAUGUAACAGAACGACCUUUAAACACUGUAACUACUACACGUAAUAGUUAUGAAAAUGAAGUAAAGAAUCAACAAGAACUAGAACCUCCUUCUCGUCCUCCACAACAAAUUUAUGCUGCUCCUCCUGAACAACAGCCUUAUUAUGCUCCACCUGUUUAUCAGGCUCAACAACCAGUUAAUCCUUACCAACCACCACCUUCAGAUUAUGAUAAUCCUUAUAAUUAA